AUGUCUUACACAUGGACUACGCCGACCAAGACCGUGUGGCCGGCCAGCCUCACUUACACGGCCACCGAGAAGGGCACGGCGUACUUCUCGGUGACGGUCACGCGCCAGGCCAGCGUCACCGCCGGGCAGCUUCAGGGCAGCGUCCUAGUCACCCGCGCGAGCGCUGACCUGUCGGGCCCUGCAGACAAGGUCCUCACCGUCAAUACGCCCUCCGUCGAGCUGUGGCAGGUCAACGGUUACGGUGCGUCCCUCGCGCGCGUGUCGUCGGCGGCCUGCAUCUUUGACGGCGGCGCGGCGACGGCCAACCUCAACGCCCCGGGGUCGGCGGCGAGGUGCACCUACACUUUUUCGCCGCCGUUUGCAUACGACCCCGAGCUAACGUCGGAGCUGAGGAUAUCGUCGAUCACUUUCGGCGGCGGCGUCACGGCUGCCAGCGGCUUCCUGCCGUUUGGAAUUGACGCCUGGGGAAUCUCCACCGGCGCCACCUCUCGCUGCGUGUCGGUUACAGACACCUUCAACUUCCCCACGAGCGCGGACAGGCCGACCCCAUACAGCGUCGGAAACGUCAUCUGCACGACCACCCAGAGUGACUACCAGGGCAGGCCCCCAACCGCGCCCAGCUCUGGCCUGGAAGUGUGUGUCACCACGACGUUCAAGUACAGCUGCACCUUCCCCUCGACCACGUGCCUGGCCGCGGGCAUCACCGGUUACACGGUGAGCGGGCCGGCGGUGACGCGUGGCGGGUGA